ACUCUUGUGGCCAAGAACGUAUGUUACCACUUACCUUUACAGACGUCGGCAUUGGAUGAGCUUACAUAUCUAUAAAAAUACAGAGUCUUUGCAAAACAAUUACACACAUUCAUAAGCAAUUAGUUGUAAGAUCUGCUGGAAUUUCAGUUAAUUGUGCCCACUAUUAAUUAUUCCAAGUACAAACACAAAUCAUGGAUACUUCGAAAAUAGCCCACCAAGUUGGUCAAGCUCAGGGCCAAACCCAGGAAAAGGGUAGUCAAUUGAUGGAGAAGGUUGGAAAUGCCGCACAGUCUACCAAGGAAACAGUGCAAGAGAUGACGCCGCAAGCGAAGGAAAACUACCAAGCUGGCCAAGCCCAGGGCCAAGCCCAGGAAAAGGGUAGUCAGUUGAUGGAAAAAGCAGGGAAUACUCUGCAAUCUACCAGGGAAACAAUACAAGAGAUGGUGCCGCAAGCGAAGGAAAACUACCACGCUGGCCAAGCUCAGGGCCAAGCCCAGACGGGGCAGCAAGUGAAGGCCACAACUCUAAAAGCAGCUGAUGCCGCGAAAAGCGCCACUGGCAUGAACAAAUGAACCACGUUAAUUUCUAUCAUGUUAUGAAGAUCAUGCUUCUUCUACUUUGGGAUAUCUCCAACUAUGUUGCUUAGGAUUUGAACUCUUGUUUGAGACAAAAUCAAUAAUAUUGUAAUAGUGUUCUUUUAAUUAAGUAGGUUUCCUACUUGGAUUUGAGCACUUUUGCAGUAUAUACAUGAUCCAACUCCACUUGGAUAUACUGGCUUAAUAUGUUCUUCUAAUUACUUUCGACUGC